UCUCUCUGGCAGUCCUGAUGGGCGCCUCUCCCUGUCCUGCAAAUAUAGUGCCCAAGUCCUGAAGGCAGCUGAGUAUUGAUAGGCUGGGCCAAAUUUAGCCUAUCUGAUGGAGGCAGAGGAUUGGAGCUCAGCAGGGCAGAGGACGGGGGUCACUGCUGGCAGGGCAGAGGAGAGGGGUCACUGCUGGCAGGGCAGAGGACAGGGGUCACUGCUGCAGUGCAGAGGACUGGGGCACAUUUUCAUCUCUCAUCCCUGCAUUGCACACAGCCUGAGCACAGGCCACAGAGCUUCUCCCCCCCACACAAGUGCAGGUUAGGCAGUAUAGUGGCACUAGGGCAGAGUGGCAGGUUAGGGUAUAGUGGCAGGUUAGGGCAGUAUAGUGGCAGGUUAGGGCAGGAUAGUGGCAGGUUAGGGUAGUGUAGUGGCAGGUUAGGGUAGUAUAGUGGCAGGUUAAGUGGCAGGUUUAUAGUGGCAGGUUAGGGCAGUAUAGUGGCAGGUUAGGACAGUAUAGUGGCAGG